AUGCUAACCUCCCUCCUCGCCAAGGCCAGCUCCCUCCUCAGCGAGCCCCCCACGCCGCCCCCCUCCUCCCGUCCCACAAAGACCGUCCUCUUCCGCACGCACUUCCGCCUCCCAGACACCCAAUCACCGCUGCAGGAGAUCACCUGCGAGCUCACGCUCCCCUCGGGCGAGCACUACACCGGGAAGCUCUACCUCUCCGAGUCCUUCCUCUGCUUCUCCCCCAACCCGCCCACCGCCACCUCCGCCGCCGCCGCAACCGCCGGCGUCGGCUUCACGCUGCCGCUGUGCGCCGUGCGCCGCGUCGAGCGACUGCAUAGUCGCAGCUACAUGUUUGCGCUUGCCAUCACCACGUGGCAUGGUGUUGGUGCCGGGGCGGGGGCGGCGGGGGGGAAGGAGGAGAGGAUCACGCUGCAGUUUGUGGGUAUGCGGAAUGCGUGUGAGGCGUUCUGUGACCGGCUGAAGAAGGGGCUGCGGGCGCAGAUGGCGGAGGUGAGGAAUCUGAGGACGCUGGUGGAGAGCUGCUAUAGUGAGUUUUUGCUGGGGGAGGGGAGGGGCGGCGGCGGGGAGGAGGGGGGGUUGGGCGAGGGGGGGAAGAGGAGGGAGAGGGUGGUGCCCGAUGCGGGGUUGGGGCUGCUGUUCAAGUAUCCCGGGGAUGCGAGGAAGUUGAGGGAUAAGAGUAAGAUGAGGCUGUGGGCGGAGUAUCUUAGAGAGAAUGGUAGGAAUGUCACGCUGGUAAGACAGCCGACGUUUCAUAAGUUGAUACGUGUGGGGCUUCCGAAUCGGCUGCGGGGCGAGAUGUGGGAGCUGUCGUCGGGGUCGAUCUACCUCCGCCUGUUUUCACCAACACUGUACACCGACAUCCUCGCCGAGUACGAGGGCCGGCAUUCCCACAGCAUCGAGGAGAUCGAGAAGGACCUCAACCGGUCGCUCCCGGAGUACCGCGGCUUCCAGAACGACGAGGGUAUCGGCAGGCUGCGGCGGGUGCUUGGGGCGUACAGCUGGCGGAACGAGGAGGUGGGCUACUGCCAGGCUAUGAACAUUGUCACGGCCGCGCUGUUGAUAUAUAUGUCGGAGGCACAGGCGUUUUUCCUCCUCUCGACACUGUGCGACCGAUUGGUGCCGGGGUACUACAGCAAGACCAUGUACGGCACCCUCCUCGACCAGCGCGUGUUCGAAUCCCUCGUCGAAAAGACCAUGCCCAUCCUCUGGGAGCACCUCGUCAAAUCCGACGUGCAGCUCUCCGUCGUCUCCCUCCCCUGGUUCCUCUCCCUCUACAUCAACUCCAUGCCGCUCGUCUUCGCCUUCCGCGUCCUCGACGUCUUCUUCCUCGAGGGCCCCAAAGUCCUCUUCCAAAUCGGCCUCGCCAUCCUACGCAUCAACGGCGAAGAGCUCCUCGACGCCACCGACGACGGCGCCUUCAUCUCAAUCCUCAAGGGCUACUUUGGCCGCCUCGACGAAAGCGCACACCCCCGCAGCGACAACGAAAAGCUCCGCGCCGUCACGCGCUUCCAGGAGCUCAUGGUCGUCGCCUUCAAGGAGUUUGCGGGAAUCACGCAAUCAACAAUCAUGGAGCAGCGCGCCCGCCACAAGGACGCGGUCCUCUCGUCAAUCGAGUCCUUUGCAAAACGCACACAGCUGCGCAACCUCGGGCCAGAGUCGAAGCGCCUCACGCCGCCGGAGCUCAGCGUCGUCUACGACCGCUACUACGGCGUGCUGUAUGAGCGCCAAGCACGGCUGCAGAACAUUGCCGAGGAGCUCGAGAAGAUUGCGGCCGCGCGAAAGAGCUCGUCGGCUGGGCUGCCGGGUGCCGGUGGCGCCGGCGCGGGGAAUGGAGAGCGUGGGCGAGUGGGGCUGGGGCCGACGCCGGGCGAGACGGGAAUGGACUAUGACUGCUUCCGCGAGUUCAUGACGGGGAUCGCGCCGUGGGCGGUUGCAACGCCGCAUAGCAGUGCAGCGUCGCCGGCGGCGGGGGCGGUGGCGGAGGGAGGAGGAGGGUUCUUUGGGUAUGGGAUUACGACGAGCGCGGCUGCUGCGGCGGCGGCGAGGAAGAACCUGUUGAACCCGUGGGGGGCGGGGAAUCCGGAGCCUGCGGAUCAUGAUUUUUUGAAGCGGCUGUUUAGGCGGUGGGACACGGGGAUGCGCGGGCAGUUGACGCUGGCGAAUGUGGUGACGGGGCUGGCCAGUGUGGUGGGAGGGAAGAGGGAUAUCAUGGGCAUGAUUAAUUACUGGUUUGAGCUGUAUGAUGAUGAUGGGGAUGGGAAGGUUGACCGCGAGGGGAUCCUGAGGAUCACGGAGGCGCUGCUGUUCGUCACACGGCGCGGGUACGGCGGGCGCGGUGAUGAGUUUGGCGGUGGUGGUGGCAGCAGCGAGGCGGACGGUGAGUUCGAUGAAGGCCGCGUCUUGAGCGCCGUCAGCGGCUUCACGCGCAUGUGCUUCGAGUACGCCGACCCCGACCGCCCACAGCGCGACCACCACCACCACAACUCCUCAAAGCCGCGCACCUUCAACGAGAAGCUCGCCCCCCCAGACACCUCCGAAGAAGAAGAAGAAGAAGACCUCCUCGGCCCCCUCGACCCAGCAGACAUCGACCGGCCCCCGCCCACACCCAGCGAAAAGGCAAACCUCGCCCUCGACCCCAGCAACCCACUGCACAUCACGCUCCCCACCUUCCGCAUGGUCGUCCUCGCAGACGAGGUCCUCGAGCGCUUCUUCGAGCGCGCAUUCGCAGAGACAUUCACGCUCCUCCGCCACGACGGCAGCGCGCCAGUCCUGCAGCCCACCACGGCCGGCCCGAACCAGCGGCCUGGCAUCGCCGUGCAGACCACGGCGGCGGCGAGGGUGCUGCCGGUGCUGCCGGCGUCGCCGGCGAUUGUGACGGGGACGGCGAAGGGGCUGAGGGGCGUGCUGGAUAAUAUGGUGAAUGAUAGUAUACAUAGGGUGACGACGGAGCUGAAGAAGAGGAUGGAGGAUAUGGGGGCGGGCGGUGAGGAGGAGGAGGAGGAGGUGGGGGGCGCGGCGGAUGCGAAGAGUGUGGUGGAGAUGGAUAGGGAUUUGUUGAAGGGGGCGGAGGCGGAGGUGGGGGGUGAGAAGGAGGGGGGGAGGAGAUAG